AUGCCUUAUAUCGAUUUGGAAAUGGAUGAUGGUUUAGUAUGUGAUGCUUAUUAUGCAUUGCCAGAGGGUGAUCUAGGAGGAAAGAAAGCACCUGCCGUUUUAUUCUUUAUGGAUGCUAUUGGAUUGCGUCCAUACCUAGAGGAGAUGGCCAACCGUAUUGCCAAGCAAGGUUACUUUGUUUUGCAACCAAACCUAUACUACCGAUCGGGAAGAGCACCACUUAUUCCAAACUUGUCAGACUUUUUGAGCGCACCAGAGAAGCGUCCACUUCUCUUCCAACAACUCCAACCAAUCAUGUCUGCCUUCACACCGGCAGCGAUCCACGCCGACACACCAAAGUACUUGAAGUUCAUCGACAGUCAGGAGUGCGUCGAAAGCGGAUCGGCCGUCGGUAUCACCGGUUACUGCAUGGGUGGAACCAACGCCACUAGAAUUGCCUCAAGUUUCCCAGAGAGAUUUGCAGCACUCGGAUCGUGGCAUGCCGGUAGAUUGGUCACUGACGCCGAGAACAGCGUUCAUCUUGGUCUUGGAUCGUUGAAGGCUGAAUGUUACUUUGGUCACGCCGAUAACGAUGCCAACAUGACACCAGAGCAAAUCAAAACUUUAGAACAAACUCUUGACGCCCAUCAUAUUAAAUACACCUCGAUCAAGUAUGAGAACGCUCCUCAUGGUUACACAAUGAAAGACACACCAAUGUAUCAAGAAGCUGCUACAGAGGCUCAUUGGAGUGCUUUAUUAAGUCUUUUCAAUAGAACUCUCAAGAAAUAA